AUGACUUGGACCUUCAGUGACCUUAUCCAGAAGAUGGGAAAGAAACGGCUGUCGCUUCCUGACACUGUCUUUUAUGACAUAGACAGUGAAGAAGAGACAACUGAAAAGGCAAGGCCGUUGCAGUUCAUGCAGCCAUCGCUGCACGCAUCGCCACCGUCGCCACCACUACCGUCGCCACCACCACUAUGGCCGUGCUCGCCAUUGUCUCCACAAGGAUGGUCAGCAACGCUGCCUUUGCCACCGCCGCAGCACUUACUGCUACCAAAGCUUCCGUCGCCUUCUUCAGAGCAGCCACGGAUGCAGCCAUGCCCAUUGAUGCCACCGGUACCACACCCUGGAACUACUUCAAGUGGUUCUCAAGAACCUACCAGCCAGGGUUUGGGUGCCAGUGAUGAACUGCCGCUGUUUUUCCAGGUGGACAAUCAAAUUCACCUAGGAAACGGCAUAUUCCUGGAGCAGGAAAAUGGGCAUGGCUGCUUUUGCGUCCGAGAGACAGCUUGUUCUGUAAGGAGGCGACAAAGCUUCUUUGGGGUGUGA